AUGAACGAAGGAGUUCCUGAUACAGCAGGAGGAGGUGCCCAUACACCUGAAGCCCGUGAUAGGGAUGCCGCGCUGCUGCUGCCGUAUGUGAGGCUCCAAGCAGCAGCAGCAGCAGGAAAUAUCUCCCCCCAAGAGCAAGUUGCAGUGAUGCAGCGCCUCGUGCUUCUGCUGCUGCCAAUCUUCGAGGGGUGCGGCCCCACAGCCACCUUUCUGCGCUGCAUCUUUUUUAAGAAACCGCUGCCCCCCAUACAUGCCGCUUAUAUGGCAGGUCGCUACUCCGCAGCAGGAGCAGCAGCAGCAGCAGCAGCAGCAGAAGGCAAGCAGGGCUCUGCAGCAGGAACACAUGUUCCACCUGCAGCAGCCACUGUUGAAUCUGCUGCUGCUGCAGUAAAACCUACUGCAGCAGCAACAGAAACGGCUUCUGCAGCAGCUGAACGAACUGCCGAUAUAGAACCAGAAGCAGAAACAGCAGCAGCAGCAGCAGCAGGUGCACUAGCAGCAGCAAGUGCAGCAGCAGCAGCAGGUGGAGCAGCAGGUGAUGGUGAAAGUGCGUUGGAUUCUUCAGCAUUGGCUCUGACGUCUCGCUUAGAGUUGCUGCGGGGGUUUUGUGCUUUGUAUGCUCGCAUAUGCGUGCGGCUGCAUGCAAUAAGUUGUUUUGGGGCUUUAGAAGCGGUAGUAUUUCAAGAAGAAGCAGAAAUAAGUUCUGUAGAGACGGCGUGGGGUAUGCUGCUGCGACUGGGGCCGCAGCAGCUGCAGCAGCAGGAGCAGCAGCAGCAGCUGCAGCAAGGAGGAGAGGGUGUGCUGCAGCGUCUCAUUGAUGAAAGAGAAGAUGAGCUCGCUCUAUGGGCAUGCGGCAGUUGGCCUAUCGAAGAUAUGUGUGUUAGAGAGUUGCUGAAGUGGGAGGGCUUUGAUAAAGACUCCAAAUCGAGUGCUGCUGCUGCUGCUACUGCUACUGCUACUGCUCCUGCUGCUGCUGCUGCUGAUGAUGAUGAUUAUGCAGAGAAGAAAUCACUGCCUCUCUCAAGACAAGAAAGACUGCUGCGGUCUCUCCCUGCAGCGGUGGAGCUUCUUUCUACAGACGAAGAAACAGCAAGAGGUGAGACAUACUACUCUAUUCAGCCCUUGUCUCUUCUUAGCCUGAUCUUCUCUUAG